GCUCGGCUGUCUCUUCCUUCUGCUCUCCCUGGUUACUAUCUCUGUCGGUGCCAGAGCAGUUUCCCCCAGCUCCUUGCCUAGCUCUGGACACCCAUGCUUUCCUCAAGGCCUUCUCCCUGUGACUCGGUGCCUAGCAGGGGCCCAGAGAACCAAAGUAAGCAGGUCCAGUGGGCUUCUGUCAUUGAGAGGAGCACCUCCGUGGAAGGACACUCAAAGCCCCAUCUGGAUUCUUCCAAAGCCCCAUGUCCAGGGAAGGCCCGAAGACCAAGCCGCUUGACAGUGAAGUAUGACCGAGGACAGCUACAGACGUGGCUGGAGACAGAGGAGUGGGUGGAUGCCCAGCUACAGGAGCUGUACCAGGAGCAAUCGAUGUCCUCUGUGCCCGAGUUUGACCUAGAAGACUUCAUCGAACUUUCCUCUGAAGAACAGAAAGCCAAACUGCAGGCAAUCCUCCAGGAGUGUCCGAGCCACACAGAGCCCUUUAUCACGGAGCUGCUUAAUCGUCUCAAGAAACUUCGGAGGCUCAGCCGGCCUCAGAAAUGAAGGCUUCCGAGCUGCUCUAAUGACUCCGUGACCUCAAUGACUAGAGAGCCUGUAGCCCUGGCCCUUCCGGCCUCCCAGAGCCACCCUGGACCCUGUCCCCGUGUGUGGAGAAGAGCGGCAGGGCCCCGGGGACACGGCCGCUCCAUGGGGCGCAGAUGCUUCAGACUCCCGUCGGCGUCAGCCCACCAGCCACGCUUCCUCCAGGACUGGACGAGGGGCCCGGGGUCACCUCCGGGGCUCCUGGGCAAGCCCUGACCCGUGUUCAGUCUGGAAGGGUAAAGCCUGUGGCAGAUAC